AGUUAAUAAUAAUAAAAAAAAAGGUGGGGGAAAAAGCAUCGUCCUUUUUCCAUCUUGCUGUGAGACAAAUUCCAAACCGUCCUCCCCACCAUCCCGCUCCUCUGUUUCUCUCUUUUUCAAAAAAAUCUGAACAUUUCUUUAUUCAUAACCCAUUCAUUAAUUAUUUUUAUUCCAGAAAAUACUCUAAUAAAUACAUUUUUGUUGAUUUGAUGUAUAAAUCAAGAAUUGGAAGAUAUUGGGGUUUGUGUAUUUUAUGAAUGGAGUUUGAUAGCAUUGAGUGUGUAUCAUAUUCUGAUGGUGGUGAUGGUUUAGAGGAAGAUGACAUUCCACAACUUCAUCAUCAUCCACAUGUUAUUCGUUCUCAUUUUUCUUCCUCAAAGACGACGACAACCCACAACAACAAGAACAAUAAUAAUAACGGCAGCAGCAUAAUAUGUGAUGGAAAUAAUAAUAAUGGGGGAAUUGGAAUUCAUCCGGCCUCUAGCGUUCAUGAGCUUCUUGAAUGUCCUGUUUGUACCAAUUCUAUGUACCCUCCUAUCCAUCAGUGUCACAAUGGGCACACUAUCUGUUCAACAUGUAAAGCCAGGGUACACAACCGAUGUCCCACUUGUAGACAGGAGCUUGGUGAUAUCAGAUGUUUAGCACUGGAAAAGGUGGCUGAAUCACUUGAGCUACCUUGCAAAUAUGGCUCUCUUGGAUGUCCUGAGAUAUUUCCAUAUUACAGUAAGCUGAAACAUGAGGCAGCCUGUAAUUUUAGACCAUACAACUGCCCUUAUGCUGGGUCAGAGUGUGCAGUCAUUGGUGAUAUUCCUUAUUUGGUCACUCAUUUGAGAGAUGAUCACAAGGUAGACAUGCACUCUGGAUGCACUUUUAACCAUCGCUAUGUCAAAUCUAAUCCCCGAGAAGUGGAAAAUGCCACGUGGAUGUUAACAGUUUUCAAUUGUUUUGGCCAGUACUUCUGUCUCCAUUUUGAAGCAUUUCAGCUUGGGAUGGCUCCUGUUUACAUGGCGUUCCUUCGGUUUAUGGGAGACGAGACAGAUGCACAAAACUACACCUACAGCCUGGAAGUUGGGGGAAAUGGAAGGAAGCUUAUCUGGGAGGGUACACCCCGAAGUAUAAGAGACAGUCAUAGGAAAGUUAGGGAUAGCCAUGAUGGUCUCGUUAUACAACGUAACAUGGCCCUUUUCUUCUCCGGAGGGGACAGAAAGGAGCUCAAGCUACGGGUGACUGGAAGAAUAUGGAAGGAACAACAAAAUCCAGACGAAGGAGCAUGCAUACCGAACCUCUGUAGUUAAUGCUAGUUGUGUUAUCGGGUUUUGUAUUCUUGCUGUCUUAUGUGCUGAAUUUUUGGCUUAUUGUCGUUGUAGCAAGCUUCACUCUCACUGUCCCUUUUCUCCUCUCUUGGUUUAUGUCACAAGUACAUUCAGAUGUUGAAGAUUUCCCAUAAAAUGUAUGAAAGCUAAGUUGUUAUCCACCAA